UUGCCCCAUGCGGUAAACACUCCCUCCUGCUGAUGGUGCCGGAGCUGCUGAAGCAUGUGGCUGAGUUGACCAGUUAAAUUGUUGUGGAUUUUCAGUUAAAUUGCUGAUGUCACUUAAGAGGAAUAUAAAGUAAAGGGAGCACAUUUAAAAUGACGGAAGAGUACGUGCACUCUGUUCCUGUGCCACAGUUGUACAAGGAAGCCAGCAAGAUAUUGAAGAGCUAUGAAGAGAAACAAGGUUCACUCAAGACACUAGUUUACAAUGGAAAAUAUAGGAGCUACAACAGGAUCUAUGGUUUACUGUGUAAUACCGUGCAGAAUUCUACCAUGAUCAAGACUGCUCUUACAGAAGCCAAGUUAUUCACGGAACAGCCAAUGUUUAAUCCUCACCUUGCACAAGUAUUAACUGCAGAGCUGCUUAGAAAAGGAUUCUUAUCGGGUGACUGCAAACCCAUUGUAAUACUCCGUACUUAUGAGGAGAAGAUUAAAAGUUUCAUGGACUUUAAUUCCAACAAGGAAACUUUACAGAAAAAGAAAGAUUUCAGCCCACGAUAUGUACGAGUCAACACUUUAGUAUCAUCCUUGGAUCGUGUACAUGCCCAGCUAGCAGAUGAAGGAUGGCAACUUCAAGAAUAUGAUCCAACACAAGUGACUUAUGAUGAUUAUCUUCAUCUUAUUCAAAAUAUGGAUGAAACAACUUACCUUAUAGAUUAUCACAUACCUCAGUUGCUGGUAUUCCCACCCAACACCCCUUUCUGGAACAGCAUUCUUUAUAAUAAGAAUGCAAUAAUUUUACAAAAUAAGGCCAGCUGUAUUCCGGUAUUUUUGAGCAGUGUAAACCCAGGAGCUAACGUGAUUGAUGCUUGUGCUGCACCAGGAAACAAGACCUCGUACAUUUCAGCCAUCAUGUGUAACUCUGGGAGUAUACUGGCAGUUGAAAAAGACUUGAAGCGUUUUAAAACUCUACAGAAACUUAUGGUGGAACGUGAAGCCACAUGUGUUACUUGUAUUAACCAAAACUUCAACAAACUCUCGUGUGAAAAGUACUCUGAUGUGGAGUAUAUAUUUCUUGAUCCAUCUUGUUCAUCGAGUGGUGUAAACUUCCAUGAUGAUGAAGUGUCUGAGCAGCGCAUCAGAGGCCUGGCAACAUUCCAGAAAUACUUACUAAUUAAUGCUCUAUCAUUUCCAUCAGUGAAGGAAGUCAUAUACUCUACCUGUUCUGUUAAUGUAGAGGAGAAUGAAGAAAAUGUUGAAAAAGCACUGGAGCACUAUCAAGAUGAGUUUGAACUUGAGAAUCUUGGACAAAAACUCUCUGGAUGGAAACAUUUUGGAGAUCCACGUUUUGUCUUUGGAGAAAAAUGUUUGAGAACCAUUGCUGAUAUUGAUAUGUGUCAAGGAUUCUUUAUUGCCAAAUUUGUAAGAAAAGACAAAAAAUGUGGUGACACAUCAAAUUCAGUUAAGAAAAAAACAAAAAAGAGGAAGCAAAAUGCACUGUAUGAAGCAAGUAGCAAGAGUGAUAUGAUGCCCAAGACACCUGUUGACAGUGACUAUGGUAAAGAGAUGACAUAUACAGAACAACACAGUGAUGAUAAAAAGGUAAAAGCUGUAACCAUACCAUUAGAGAAUCCUGAUACCUGUAUACAGUCAGUGGAAACAAAUUAUACCAGCAAGAAGAAGAGAAAGUUGAAACAAGGAAAUGAAAGAGAGGCCCCCAAAAAUCCUGAUAUUAGAAGUAAACAGGAAAGUAAAGAUUCGGUGAAACCUAAUGAAAGUGAUGGAGUUGGUAAUGUAGAAUCAAAUGGAACAGAACUUGUUAAUUGUAGCGAUGAGUUGGAUAAACUUCCACCGAGUAAACGUAGAAAAGCGAAAAAGAGGGAAUCUGUUGAAAAUAAAAAUAUUGACAUAAGUGAUAUAAACAGAGAUGAUAAUUCAAGAAAACCUGGAAAUUAUGAUAAUGGCAGUACAGAAUUAGAUGAUAAAACAUUAUGUAACUCCAAAAGGAAAGGGAAAGAUGUUAAGUUGAAACAUAAGAAAGACAACGAUAUGACUGGGAAUAGUGAUAUCUGUUUGAGAGAUGACAAAGAUUGUUUAAAGUCAGCUAGUAAAAAAGCCAAGUUGGUUGAAGAGGGAAGUGGUGUUUCAGAAUUUAUUGAAAUCAUGGGCAGAGAAGAGGAAACUAGGCCACUCACCCAGAAAAAGAAACAUAAAAAGAAAAAGCUGAACAAUUAGAGAUUUGGAGUGUUGUAAUUUUUUAUUGUGUUUGCAGUGAUUAUCUGCAGUAAUGUAACUGUAAAGUUUGGUUCCUUUCCCCACCCAGCUGUUCAUAUUACACAAAUUGGGUGUUGUUGUUGGGACUAUGGCAGUGUGCUUGCCUCUCACCAUUGUGGUCAUGGGUUCAGAUCUCUGGGUCGAAUGUGGGAAGGGUUACAGUAUCCAGUGUGACCUUACCAAACAUCACAGGUACUAACACUGGACAAUGAGGUCAUAACAAAGAACAGACCGACCAUCUCAAUGGCUAGGAAACUGAGAAGAUAUGAAAAUGAUAUAUAGAAACAAACAUUUUACUUCAGUGCCACAUUUGAAAAAAAUGAAAUGUAUUACAACUGGUUUGUCUACCAAAUUUAGGCAUUUUUACCCUUAUAAGUGAUAUCAAUAACUCGUGCUGGAUUUACAUAUCAGUCUGGAAAGAGAUAUUAUUUAAAGAAUGAAAAUAAAAACAAACUAUAGUACAGUAAUCUAGAGUAAAACCUCUCAAUUUGGGACUUUUCAGCACUGGAAAUUCCCAAUGAAGGGAUGUCUUUUGCCCAGUAUAUUGAGCAGUCGCAGCCAGUAAGAUUAGUAAUGGGAACAUUGUCUGUUAUUGACAUUGUGGUCAGAUGGUGCAUGUUGGAACUUGGCACACUCCAUGCAGUUGAACAUCCCAGUAUUCCAAAACUCUCAGGAGGGUACAGUAGUUGCUGUAUGGGAUUAGCAGACUGAAAGAUGCUGUGCUGUGAUUGGUCAAGGGCUACCACAGUUGCUUGUCCCAUGUGAGUUUGAGAAUAUUGGUAGCCAUUCAGACUUCUGGGUGUCGUGCCAUCAUGUAUUUCUCUUCUGCCGGGCUAGCACAAAGACUGGCAAAUACUGAAGCCCCAUAAUGAAGGUAAGUUAAAUUUCUACAUUCACGUAUUGUACAAUAUUCAUGGUUAAAGAUUUAUCACAUAUCCUUAAGCUAGACUAAAUUCCCUUUCUUUUGACAUCAGUUUCAUAAUCUUGUGGUGGGUUACUACAGAGAUACAUGGAAAAUAAAUUUCACCAACUUUAACCAUGAUUAUUUAAAAAAAUAUAUUUUGUUCUAUUCAUAACUGUUUCCCUGAGUCCUUCACAUAAUGCUCUGCAUGUUCUUGUACAGUAAACCCUGUUAAUAAUGGACAAAUUCAAGCCAGUCCCAUCCCUUAUUGGGAGGAUUCCUUUCCCUCCGUGUGUCGACAUAAAUUAAUACACUGUACAUUACAA